GUAGUAGAGCGGAUCCUGCGGGGUGAGUGACCGGAGACGUGCAGUGGACACGGUGUGACUACAACCCCCAUCAUAGCUCUGACUGCAGCUCCUAGCUAUGGAAGCUGCGAGUACCGGAGGAGAGGGGAUCUGUGAGCGAGGGGCGGCUCACCCGGUGCUGGGGCAGGAGGACAUGGUACAGGACUGUCACCUCUCAAGUCUUCUUUGCAAGACAUGACCUUUUCCAUCAAUGAUCCACCAAGAAUGGACCAGGACAGAUACUUCAUGGCUUCAAGGAUAUUAGACCUAGUCCUAGAGAUCAUCUCCUUGAUAACUGGAGAGGAUUACACAGUAGUGAAGAAGUCGUCUGAUGAGUGUGUGACACCUCGUGUGUCAGGAGGACGGAGCAGGACCCAGAGCCCCAUCACCGAGCCUCCACCUCAUUCACUGAUAAAUGAGCAGAAGAUCCUAGAACUUACCAACAGGAUCACUGACCUGCUGAGCGGAGAGGUUCCUAUAAGGUGUCAGGAUGUUGCUGUCUAUUUCUCCAUGGAGGAGUGGGAGUAUUUAGAAGAACACAAGGAUCUGUACACGGACGUCAUGAUGGAGAAAUCAGAUGGAUCCAGUCAGAGAAAUCCAUCAGAGAGAUGUCCUAGUCCUCUAUGUCCCCAGGAAUGUCCAGAGGAGAAGCCAAAUGUCCCACUUGAUCAUCAGGAAAGUGAUGGAAGUGGAAGGACGAGUGGCCUGGAGAACCCCACAUCAGUGUCAGUGACUGGUGCAGACAGUACGAGAGGCUCCCGUGGACAUCUUACUUUAUCUCCCUGUUAUGAAGUAGGAGAUAAUCAGCCAAAGAUUGGCAAAAAAAUAGUGUGUGACAUUUUUUCUUGUUCUGAAUGUGGAAAUUUUUUUAAAGAUAAAUAUUUUCUUUCCGUGCACGAGAGAAUUCACAGAGAUGAAAGACCAUUUUCCUGUUCCGAAUGUGGAAAAUCUUUUAACUAUAAAUCCGUUCUUGUUAAACAUCAGAAAAGUCACACAGGAGAGAAGCCAUUUUCAUGUUCUGAAUGUGGAAAAUGUUUUACCCAGAAGUCAAAUCUUGUGAAACAUCUAAGAACUCACACUGGAGAAAAGCCAUUUUCAUGUUCAGAAUGUGGAAGAUGUUUUUCACUUAAAGGUCCUCUCGAUAGACAUCAGAAAAUUCACACAGGUGAGAAGCCAUUUUCAUGUUCAGAAUGUGGUAAAUGUUUUUUACUUAAAGGUCCCCUUGAGAGACAUCAGAAAAUUCACACAGGAGAGAAGCCGUUUUCAUGUGUGGAAUGUGGAAGAUGCUUUAGACGUAAAUGUAAUCUUGAGAGGCAUCAGAGAGUUCACACAGGUGAGAAGCCAUAUUCGUGUAUGGAAUGCGGAAGAUGCUUUGUGCUCAAAGAUUCUCUUACGAAACAUCAGAAAACUCACAUAGGGGAGAAGCCGUAUUCAUGUCCGGAAUGUAGGAAAUCAUUUACCCAUAGAACAAUUCUUGUUGAACAUCUAAGGACUCACACAGGAGAGAAGCCAUUUUCAUGUCCUGAAUGUGGAAAACGUUUUGCCCAUAAAUCAAAUCUUGUGCAUCAUCUAAGAACUCACACAGGAGAGAAGCCAUUUUCAUGUUCAGAGUGUGGUAAAUGUUUCACCUACAGGUCAACUCUUGUGGAUCAUUUGAGAGUUCACACAGGGGAGAAGCCAUUUUCAUGCAUGGAUUGUGGGAAGUGCUUUAUGCAUAAAGAUUCUCUUCAGAAACAUCGGAGAAUUCACACAGGGGAGAAGACAUUUUCAUGUGGUGAAUGUGGAAAAAGUUUUAUGUAUGCAGCUGCUCUUGAGAAACAUCUGAGAACUCACACGGGGGAAAAGCCAUUUUCAUGUUCUAAAUGUGAGAAAUGCUUUAGCCAAAAAGUUGACCUUGUGAAUCAUCUAAGAAGUCACACAGGAGAGAAGCCAUUUUCAUGUGUAAAAUGUGGGAAAUGCUUUACUCGUAAAUCAGGUUUUCUUAAACAUCAGAGACGUCAUACAGAAGAGAAGCCAUUUUAAUGUUUAAUUUGUAGGGAUGUGACCAGUGUGGAGCUCCAUUGGGUCACCAACAACAAUAUAUAAAUGGCCGUGCUAAAUGCUAUCUGUUAUCCUGGCGAGAAAAUCCCCCGUCUCCACUCUACUGAACUAAUAAUUGUGCUUAAAUUAAAACCUCUAUCAGUAUACAUC